AUGCCUCCGAAGAGCAAAGGGAAAGGGAGAAAAGGAGUGAAGCAGCAGCAGAAGAGAGACAUAGCAGCAGAAAGCCAAGCUGAAGAGAAGCACAGGAAGGCAGCACUGGAGGCUGAAAUGCCGAAAGAGCACCUGGUUCCCUGGAGGGACAUGACCUGGCAGGCAAAAGCUGACAAUGGAGGGCUAAAGCGGAGGCUGUGGGACCUGGAGAAGGCGCUGCAGCAGGCACGGGAAGACAAGCGAGACAUUCAUGAAGAAAUGACCCGGCAAUACCAGGAGCUGCAGAAGCAGACAGCAGCCCACAGCCAGCGCUUGGAGGUGAAGGUGAAGAGCCUGCAGGAGCAGCUCGCCACCAGGCUCCGGGAGAGCCAGCAGACCCAGGAGACUGCCACCCAGGCACUAGCAGAGAGGGACAGGACCAUCGCCCAGCUGCAGGGCAGGCUCAAUGCCAUGGAGAGGGAGUAUGAGAAGAUCCUCCACGGUAGCCUGGACCUUGUGCUGGCCAAGACAGCAGAGGCCAGCCGGCACUGGGAAGAGGUAGGAACAACCAUUGCCGUGGAGCACAAGGAGCGUCUACAGGAGUUCGGCCUCAACCCCCUGGAGAUGUAG